AUAAAGGGUGAAGAUGGUAGAGAUGCGUGGCCUGUUUGGGAAUAGCGUUACAGAUUAGCGUUAGUGUUUUGGAUAAAAUUUUAAGGGUGCAAAUUAAUUUGAAAAGUGUAAUGCUUGACUCCACAAAUUUUCACCCGCAAGGUGGAGGCCAACCAGCAGACACUGGUUUCAUCUGCACUUUGAACCUCAAAUUUUUGGUCCAGGAUGUUAGAUCCAGGGAUCGGAUUGUAUGUUUUUAGGUUUUUCACUAUGGGUUUUUUGACAAUUCUGGAGAUAGGGAGUUGAAUUGUAUGCUUGAAAAAGGUGUUGAAGUUUCACUAACUGUGGAUGAGCCAAGGCGGAUGCUCAACACUAGGUUGCACUCAGCUGGACAUCUUCUGGAUAUCUGUAUCGCUAACGUCGGAUGGGGUAACCUCUUAAAGCCACUAAAAGCCUACCAUUUCCCUGAUGGGCCAUAUGUAGAGUACAGAGGAACAGUUCCACAAAAUGAACUUGAAAUUAAGAAAAAGGAGCUGGAAGCAGAAGCUGGUAACCUCAUUUCCGCCGGAGGAAAAGUUUUGGCUUCGAUUUGCUCAUAUGAAGAGGCAUGCAAACUGUGUGGUGGAAAUAUCCCGGACUAUAUUCCCAAAGAAAGCACUCCUCGGAUUUUGAAGUUCGGGGAAUACCCCGGAUGCCCCUGUGGGGGCACACAUGUUUCUGAUGUUUCUGAGAUCAACAGCUUCAAGGUUUCUCAAAUUCGGACCAGGAAAGGAACGACUAAAGUAUUUUACAACGUUUAGUUUUUUGGCCACUCUUUUAACUUUCAUUGUAUUGAAAGAUGCUGAGGUUAUUUUGGUGAAGCCGUACGGUCAUAUUAACUCAUAUACACAGUAUGAUGAUGACUAGGAAUUUGUGCUUAUUAGCAUGUGGAGAUUAUCUUGUUUCCAAAAACAGAUUCUUCUUUCUGAAAGUUCCUUAUGUUCUUAACAGUAUAUUUCUUUAUAAAUUAAACUGUACCAU